AUGAAUGUGUGGAGAGAACUGCUUCAGCGACGGCAUCAUGGCGUCAGCGACGGCGUCAGCGACGGCGUCAGCGACGGCGUCAGCAACGGCGUCGGCGUCAGUGACGGCUCCAGAGGUCGGUGUGGGAUGAGUCUCUCUACUGAGCAUGCUCAGUUCCUCCAGAGGUUGUGUGGGAGGAGUCUGUCUACUGAGCAUGCUCAGUUCCGCCCCGCUGAUGGGAGUGAAGUCCAAUCCUUCAGGAGCUGCUGGUUCUGCAGAAUGGACUCGUCCCCCCUGCAGGACCCGUCCCCCCAGAGUUCUGGAGGACCGUCCCCCCUGCAGGUCCACGUGGUCCGGCUCGGUCCGGGUCAGGAGCUGCUCGGGUCCCUGCAGGCCUUCGUGGAGGAGAGACGUCUGAGGGCCCCGUUCAUCCUCACCUGCGUGGGCAGUGUUACCGCGGCAACGCUGAGGCUGGCCAACGCCACGGCGACCAACACCAACGAGGUCCUGCACCUCAGCGGCCGGUUCGAGAUCGUGUCCCUGGUGGGGACCCUCAACGCCCCCGCCCACCUGCACAUCAGCCUGGCGGACGGCCUGGGCCGGACCGUGGGGGGCCACGUCCUGGGGGGGCUGCAGGUCUUCACCACGGCCGAGGUGGUGCUGGGGGAGGCGGGGGGGCUGGUGCUGGACCGGGACCUGGACCCACGGACCGGGUUCCCCGAGCUGGUGGUCCGGCCGAGGUAGACCCGGGUCCAGGGGGGGCCCUGGAACCUGGACCCGGGUCCUGGAACCGGGACCUGGACCCCCGGACCGGGUUCCCCGAGCUGCUGGUCCGGCCACGCUAGAACCGGGUUCUUCAUAUUAUUAAAAUACUGAGUUUUACACAA